AUGCAUCUCAACUCUUAUAUCGCCGUCGGCCUCGCAGCCCUGAGGCUCACAAUUGCGGCGCAGGUGGGCUACUUCGAUUCCGAGACAUGCGCGGACCCAUCGGGGUUCGCUUCGUGCUACCAUGAUGCCGAUUCUUUGGCGGCGGACUGUACCAAUUGCUCCCGCCUGAGCGUAGAUGAUUCCGGCCACGCCAUAGACGACGACUGCGGCGACGGCUGCGAAUGCGUGCGGCAGUCAAGAUACGUGGACUGUGCAGUUUCGUCCUGUUGGAACAAGGUGUAUAGCUGCGAGUACCAGCUCCAAGUCGGCGAUCUCAUCCUGCAUUGCGGCGAUCCGCCACUCGAGACCAUCCCGUUCUGGCCACCACCAGACAAUGCGGACGGGGGGUGCUCAUGCAACUACGGCAGAGUAACUUACGCCUGGGCCCUGGCAGAGAAGGUUUUUGUUCGCUGUACUCAUAACCCACCUGGCCAGAGCCUGGACGAUCAACAGGCUUACGAAUAUGGGUGUGUAUGCUGCGGAUACAGUGCUGGACUAUCCAGACUCCCAGAUAUCUGCCCCGGCCAAGACCGCCACGAAGUCGGAAUUGAUAAGUUGGAACAGGUAUUUAACGACGUGCGGCCGCAAUGGACCCAGUGUGGCCCACAUUUAAGCUCUUGGGACUGUGUUGCGGACUUCGGGUAUCCCGACAGUAUCAAAACCUACUACAAGCCCGAAAACCUUCCAAGUGGUACUGAAACCCUACAUAAUACCGGCACCCUAACCACACCGGUCAGUGCGACUGUCAGCUGGGCCUUUGGUUCCGUUACGCAGGUGGUGACUGUCACCUCGAAGGACGCGGCGGUGUCAACAAAUACCACGGAUGUAUUAUCUGCAAAUGCUAGCCAGGGGGGCACAACCACAGGAACUGGAAGUGGUCAAGCAACUGCGACGAACGAGACCAAGGACGAUUCGGCCGUACAUCAAGAAGCACGGCAUCCAUUCCUCAUAGCGAUUCUGGGUAUGGUGAUUGGCAUCUUUCGGGUGUUUUAAUGUAUACAGCAGAGCGCAGUUGACACAAUCUGUCUAUUUUUAUCAAGCUGGAGCACCGCAAGCCCGGGAAGACGAUCGGUAGAAGAGAGACAAUUUGAAUG